AUGAAUUUUUUCAGGAGCAUUUUCUCUGACGAUCAUAAUGGCAGCUUGGGCAAUGGCGACAGUAGGAAGGGUGUUGGAGGUGCUACUUUAAAUGGCAAGGAAGAAAUGUGGGGGAAGCAAAUUUGCCUGUACAAGAAAGCCAACAAAAUCGACCUACUGAAGAAAAACGAAUUCUACAAGAGCAUUCUUUCGGAGGCCUUCAACGCCCACGACGAAAUUUUUUUGCACCUCAUUCUGAGCCACCUCAUGUCGAGUGUGCUGGAUGAUCAGGAUGGUCGCGCGGUGAGUGGCAAGAGCGGCGGCAUGUGCAGGGGCGUAGUCAUUCGUGCGGACAGCGCACUCAAUAGCCACAACGACACAGCGCUCAAGACAAAGCUAGAGGACGCAAAAAUUAUUCAGGAGUGCGUCAACCAGUUGUUCAUCAACGAAAAGGAAAACAACAAAGUGGUGUUAGAACUCGGUGCAGGAAGUGGACUAGACAGCAUUUUGCUUUUCACGCAUACGAACAUUUUUAGCAAUGGAACUAAUCAAGGAGCAAACCAAGUAGUAAUUAUCGAUGUCAACCCAUUCAAUCUAAGUAACAUUUCGCUUAAUGUCCUAUUAAACGAAGAACUCUUUGGCCACCUAGAUUCAGCAUGGAGGAGUAAAGUAAAAAUAUGCAACAUCGAUUGGACCAAUGAAAAUACGUACUCAUGUGAAAAUGAGCAAAUUGUCACAUAUGACUACAUUAUUGGGGGUGAUUUAAUAUACGAUAAAAAAAUCGUGCCGUCACUUAUCCAUUUAAUUAACUUUAAAAAAAAUGGCAUUUUUCUCUGUGUGUAG